CAGCGUUUCCUCUCCUUCCGACUCUCCGAUGUUCACAGCUCGGCCGGAGCCCGUCGUCUUCCCGGCUCCAUUUCCACAGGAUUUUUAAUUCUCCUCAGCACCCCAGAUCGGGACAGGACCGCGUCUAAGGUGGGGAAACAUGUCCAGUGAACGGCAGCGGUCAGACGAUGAGAGCCCCAGCACCAGCAGCGGUAGUUCGGAUGCGGAUCAGCGAGACACCCCAGUCCCGGAGCCGGAGGAGCCCGAGGGCAGGAAGCAACCCACCCCCCCCCAGCAGCAGAAGAAAACCAGUAAACUGUCCAGCAAAACCACAGCCAAGCUGUCCUCCAGCGCCAAAAGAAUCCAGAAGGAGCUUGCUGAAAUAACGCUGGACCCGCCACCCAACUGCAGCGCGGGCCCAAAAGGCGACAACAUCUACGAGUGGAGGUCCACCAUCCUGGGUCCUCCCGGCUCCGUCUACGAGGGUGGGGUCUUCUUCCUGGACAUCACCUUCUCCUCCGACUACCCCUUCAAACCACCAAAGGUCACGUUCCGUACACGGAUCUACCACUGCAACAUCAACAGUCAGGGAGUGAUCUGUCUGGACAUCCUGAAGGACAACUGGAGCCCCGCCCUCACCAUCUCCAAGGUCCUCUUGUCCAUCUGCUCCCUGCUGACAGACUGCAACCCUGCGGAUCCUCUGGUUGGGAGCAUAGCCACUCAGUACUUGACCAACAGAGCCGAACACGACAGGAUAGCUCGACAGUGGACCAAGAGAUACGCCACAUAGAUGCUAACAGCCCAGCCCUCGCUCCACUCACCCAAUCACCAGGCGAGACCCUGCCCCGCCCCACCCCCAGCCUCCACCCAGUCUCCUGCACGCCCGCUCGGAUCCAGGAGAGACGACUUUACAACGUGCAGCAAAUCUUUAUAACCUUUACGAUACGGACUUGUGUGUAUAUGUCCUGCGGAUUCUACCCUGUUCUGGUACCCAACACGGACUGGGGAGAACAGACCAGAGCCCACCUAGCUGAACGCUCCCGGUGUAGAUUUUUGUAGCUAUAGGUUUAGCUCUGUUCAAUUGCCUAUUACCAGUCUUGUUUCUUGGGGAUAUUAAAAAAAAAUGUAUUUUGUGAUGUAAUAAGGAACCUUCCUAAAGUCAACCAAAUAUUCUGGUAUAUUUUAGCCUCCUCCGUUAUCUGUACGAAGCUGAAAAGAAGGAAAACGUGGAUAAACAUUUAGCUGUAGAAUAUUAGAGGCUCCUGACCCUUUUCCAGUCCUGUGAUACGUGACAUUGUGAAUCUGUUCUACCGUUGUCACUUUGUAAUGAAGAGAAACAGACAAACCCGUCGAACGUUUUGUAGCUCAGCUGAAAUGAGCCGCCAUGUAAUAUCCUCUCAUACACAAUAAAUUUAAAAAAGGGAA